UUUAGCAGCAGGUUUGUCCACUUUCUGGCCGUGCUCAGCAUUGAUGCCACGGCCCGGCGACUGCGCAGGGCGAAACACUACUCAUACAUGCUCGCCGGCGUAGCAUACUGCAUACGCGUGUUGGGCGUUGAGAAGCUGCUUCCGUCAGCUGAGCGCAGCAAGCAGACUAACAAGGACUGUAAGCGCUUCCUAGCUAAGAGAGUGAAGUAUCUAGCUAACAGUUUGUACAGUCUAAUAAGCUAA